ACAAGGCCCCUCUACACAACGGUACACACAGACAGUCACUGGCGCGAAGAGAAAGAGAAAGAGAAAGAGAAAGCCAUGGCGGAGACUCUUGAUUCCGAUGUGGCGAUGGUUCCCGCCGGCGAACCUUCAAGCAGCGCCGGCCCUUCUUCCAAGAAGUCCAAACGCUUCGAGAUCAAGAAGUGGAACGCCGUCGCUCUCUGGGCUUGGGACAUUGUCGUUGAUAACUGUGCUAUCUGCCGCAACCACAUCAUGGAUCUCUGUAUAGAGUGCCAAGCUAACCAGGCUAGCCCAACUAGCGAAGAAUGCACUGUGGCUUGGGGGGUUUGUAACCAUGCUUUUCACUUCCAUUGCAUUAGUCGAUGGCUCAAGACCCGCCAAGUAUGUCCUCUAGAUAACAGUGAGUGGGAGUUUCAGAAAUAUGGCCACUAGAACUUUGAUGCUGUGGAGCUCCUUUGAUAUUUGGGCCUUCUAUCCGAGCUCUCAAAUAUUGACAGUUCUGUUUGUUAUUUUCUUUUCAUUGUCUGCUGGAUUUAUUAUCUUCAAGAAAGCAGAUUUUCUGAUGGAUUUUGGUAUACACAGACAGUAGCAUGUAAAGUUUUAUUUUAAUAUUGUCAUUGAACCUUAUGUUGAUAUUUGGAUAUACUUCAUUGUUUCUUUAAGAGCAUCCUUAUGUUUCUCGGACAAA